AGUUAAAUCAUAGGUUUACAUAAUAACUAAAAUCACUAAGUAGGAUUCUAAGAAAAAAAGAGAAAACUAAAUAUGAAAUUUUUUUGAAUCUUUUGGAUUGCUAUAAAUUUAGAAUAUUUAUAGGUAAGUCUUAGCCUCUUAAGUACGCCUACUGAUAGCUGCCAAAGUAAGCCUUCUCAAGUAUAUCUCUUGAUGGUUUCCAAAGAAAGCCUUUAAGUUGCUUCUAAAAUACAUUUAAAGACAUGACUUUUUUCAAUACACUUCAUGAUACAAUAAUAAUCAAGGAAGACAAAAAAAUAACACCAAAACAACCCACAAGUUCAAAGAACCAAGGACCUCUUUGAUGACCACUCUCGAAUUCAAGAACAAGAACAAGAUGGAAGAGUUUACAAGGUGUUUAAAACCGAAAACAGCCAGCCACCAAACUAUAUUAACAACAAUAAAAGGAACAACAAUAACAACAACAAUCCACACGGCUUCACUACUACAAUACAAACUACAAAGUUAAAACAAGAUAAAAAUAGAAAGAUAGACAAAUGGAUGUAUAAUCUGAAGAACCCAAAAGCCUAUUCCACUCUUGGACCCUUAAUACUACACACUACAAAUAUCUAUCUCUUAUAAUGACACAAGAGAGAAGUCCACCACUCAAGCAUCAACGUAUCAAGCAAAACGCAACACACAAAUGAUCGAUUCCACACUUGUGCAAUCCCCUAAUUUCGCUUUUGGAAUCCCUCUCUCUAAGAGAAAUGUUCUUUCAAUAUAUUUAAACAACGAAAGAAAUAAAUCCUACAAUGUUCUAUUUAUACUACUUUACAAUAAUAGACAAAAUGACAAAAGUGCCUUUUAGUGACUAGUCUUAAAAAAUACUCAAAAGUGUCAUGAUAAUGAUCAUACUUGUAUCACUUCAAAUGUAAAUUAUUUAGAAAUAACUAAAUAAUUUUCCUAAAAAAAUUAGGUAUAAUAGUAAUGUUGAAUUUUGUAGCCCCAAAAAUGUGUUCAUAAUGGGAGGUGGUGAAGGGUCUGCAGCAAGGGAAGUUCUUAGGCACAAAUCUAUGGAGAAAAUUGUCAUGUGUGACAUUGAUCAGGAGGUGGUUGAUUUCUGUAAAAAGCAUCUAACAGCAAACCAUGAGGCUUUUCGUAACAAGAAGCUUAACUUGGUCAUUAACGAUGCCAAAGCUGAGCUAGAACAGAGGCAAGAAAAGUUUGAUAUUAUUAUAGGGGAUUUAGCUGAUCCAGUUGAAGGAGGACCUUGUUACCAACUCUACACUCAAUCUUUCUAUGAAAAUAUCGUUAAACCUAAGCUUGAUGACACUGGCAUCUUUGUUACUCAGGUUAACUCUCAUUCUUUGUUAUUGUCAUUAUAACAUCACUUCUAUAGUAUAUCGACUAUAUGAACUGAGUC